GACAGUCAGCUAAUGUCUGUGGCUAAUGUAAACUGUGAUGUAAACACCAUAAACACAUAUUACAUUUGUACGGAUUUGUACCUUUUCUUUAUAAAUGCGUUAUAAAUAAUACACUAAUUUUAAAAUAUUACAAUGGGUUCAGAACACUCUAGUCAAUUGUCUCGAGAAGAGCUUCGAAAAAGAGAUCAGGUUAAAUCAAACCUUAGGAGGCAACAUACCAUAGCCAAUCCUGGUACAAAUAUCAGCUCUGAUCAACCUACCGAUGGAGCUGAUAAUGGGAGGUGUAUCUCUCCAGGGCCUAGUGUUUGUAGUGAUACAGAUUUACCAUAUAUUAGUUACACUGUCAAUAGACCUAUUGGUGAUUCCCCAAAAUUAGCUAAUAAGCAACUGCUAAAGAGCAAGUCCGUACCUAAAAGACCUCAAUCCUCCAAACCAAUAAAAAGUAAAAAUGCUCACAAUAUCGUUAUAGUCAGAGGAGCUGAAAGUAAUACCAACAGUAUAGAGAAAGAUCCAGAUGUACUACGAUUACAGUGUAUACCAAUGUUUUUACCUAUUAUGAGAGCAACUUUAAGUUUGCCAGCUGCAAGGGACCCAGAAGUUUUAGAACGUUUGGAUCCUACUCCUUUUAGAAACCUUUGUCUGCAGUACCAACAUCACUUGACUUCAGCUGCUAAUUUAGUUGCUACAGAUCAGAAUCAAUUAACACAGAAAAUUAGAGAAGUUGAUGCUGAUAUAACAAAACUGGUUACUUCUGCCACAGAAAGGCAAAAGAAAUUUGCAAAAUAUGCAGACAAAUUAUCUAAAGUUCAAGAACUGUCUCAUCAGUUGAAUAGGUGCCAUAUGGUACUGAAUCAGACUUUGGAAAGUAUGGAAACUUUGAACAAUUACCUAGAUAUUGAAGAUAGGCUAGAACCUUUUGUGUGGACAACUGGAUGAGAUUAAUGGAACCUUUUUAUUUAAUAUUUAAGAGUUAUUUUUAUAAUAUUUAUAUUGAAUGAUCAUUACUAAAGUCGUUCUUUUUUUAAUUUUUUUUUUGUUUUCAUCAUCAUUUAAGAAUAGAUUUUAUUGUGAUAUUUUCUUACAUAAGGUCGUAUUUAUUUGUUGUAUAUUUUUCAUUUAUAAAAAUACCUGGGAAAACACUAGGUUUUCAUUUGAUGUAGUUAUACAUAGUAACAAAAAAUAGAUAAGUUAAUCUCUUAAAAUUAUUUUAAGACAUUAACUUAUUUAAGACAUUAUUCCGUUUUUAAAGAUAGAAUGUUUAUUUAAAUAACAAACUAUUAUUUAUUUAUUUAUAUAUGAGAAGUAUAUUACAUGACAUAUUCUUUGAUUUUAAAAAUGUAUCACACAUGUUUUCACACAUCACAUGUAUGUUCACACAUGUUCUAAUAGUUUUAUAAAUGUUUUAUCUGUAAAACUAACCAUGGCUAACUUGAAAACCAAUAAAUAUUUGAACAUUGGUGUAUAUUAUGUCCAAUUUCAAUAAAACUGUUAAAAACAAAGGGAACUUGUGAUAUAUUUUUGAAAUUGUGAAAAAAAUUGCUAAUAUACAGGGUAUUCCAUUUAAAAAAGAUUAUUCCAAUAAUUAUUGACAUUUAAACAGCCCUUGACAUUGUUAAUAUGCAAAAAAAUUGACUAAAAAUUCUACAAUUUAAUUUUGUAAUGAUAUUUUUAUCUCCAAAAAUUUAAAUUACAGCCUGGUUAUAUAAUGACAAAAUACCCUGCUGGUCAUCCAAUUUAUGUGGUCUGGAUUUUAAUGACUGUGACAGAGAAUAAUAUAAAUGACCGGUUGACAGACAGAGAGACAAAUUUGAUCGGCAAAUGCCGACAAAUGAAAACGCGCCCUUAGUUGUACCAUCCAGUACAUUGAAAUUAGAAAAUAUUCUUUUUUUAAAAGCGGCAAGGAAAAAAAUCUAUCAGUAACAGAUAGAGUUCGAAUUAGCAGUAAGUAUCCGAAUGGCCCCGAUAUUCAAAACAAAGACAAAGUCAAGAAAAAAUAAGGUGAUUGUGGUUAAUUUUCGAAGUAUGUAUUAGAUAUUAAUCAUUAUAUGUUAUACCUACCGUAUGAUCGAAAAAAAAUGUCCAGAUGGCUUGGAAUUUUUAUGACAUUCUCCAUAUAAUUCUAUAUAUAAAUAAAAUGACAACGAGCUUCAUUUCAUAGCCACCACUGACGCCGUUUUUUUCGAUCAUAUUGUAUUAUCUUAAUGAAUAAUAAUGUUAUAUAAAUAUAAAUAGAAUAUUGCGUAA